AUGAGUUGGAACUUGCUCGAGCGCUUCAUCGAGUCGGAACACUUCAACAGGGACCCGUCGUUGACUGUGGCCUAUCUGGCUCGAUAUGCCGACCAUGUUGGCAUCCAAUACGUCCUCUGCUCCAAGCUGCGCCAGUUCAGCUACGAGGACAUUGAGUUCUUCCUACCGCAGCUAUGCCACCUGGUCAUGUCGCUGGACAACGAAAGCAUGGCGCUCGAGGACUUUAUCCUAGAUCUAUGCGAGGAGUCGGUGAAUGGCGCUCUUCUGGUACGGCGCACCUUCCUAACAUGCCUAUGCUCCUUCCUUUAUUUUGUUACAUCCUUUCUUAACACUUGCAACUUCCUAACACGGCCCCUGUGCAGANCCUUCUGGCUCCUACAAACGUACCUCCGCGACCUCGCCCAAACGCCCACCUCGAAUGCCUUCAAAACGUGCCGCCGCGUCUACAACCGAGUCCAACGCAUCGUCUUUGGCUCAUCUGAGCCCGUCCGCCGGGAGAAGAUCACUGACAAUGUCUUACCCGUCACUCUACUGUCCAGUCUUGUGCUCGGUGCCAUAGCCGCGCCCUUUCUUCCUCGUCAUGCUGGUCCGCUGGCCAUUGCGCAAGCCAGGAGACCGCGUCCUGUGGAGGAGACCAUCUCGGACAACAUACAGCCACAGCGUAUAUCUAGGAGCCAUACUGUCUCGGGCGCCCCUGGGCGGAGCAGAAGACCCCGUCCUCCGCCGCAAGCGACCAAGGAUGCGCAGACUCCACCAGGAACCUCGACACCCAGGAGAGCCUCGCGACCCAUGUCAAUGAUAGCCAAGGAUACUACGACCCCUACGAAAGAGCCGACUAGCAAAAGCGCCAUGGCUGAAGCCUUGCGCGCAACACAAAACAACCAGGCCUUUGCAAGCACAUCGUCUCUUCCAGAGCUUCCCUCACAGCCUGCUCCCGAACCACCGCGUUUGUCUCGCCAGCACACAGAGCACUCCGUCCGUCGUCAUUCUGCCAGCACAAAAGCAAUCAACCUUGCCAACAUGUCACGCUCACAAAAAGUCCGCAUGCUUCGUUCAAACUAUUUCCGCAGUCAAACGCAAUUCCUCAGCGCCCUCGAGGACAUCUCGAAUCGUUUGGUAGCUGUGCCUAAGCCUGCCAGAUUGAGUGCUCUUCGUGCUGAGCUCGCUCUGAUCGCUCAAGACCUGCCUGCAGAGGUCGACGUGCCUUUGCUCUGUCCCGCAACCCUUCCGGACGGUAGUGCAAGCCGUAGCCAACAUCAUCGUAUUGUCAGACUUAACCCCGCCGAGGCUACUAGUCUGAACAGUGCUGAGAGAGUGCCUUACCUGUUGAUGGUCGAGGUCUUGCGCGAGGAUUUUGAUUUCGAUCCAGAGUCUGACCAAAACACUCAACUUCUCACCAAACUGGUACUCGAGAAGGNNGGGAAGCCCAAGCGUCGGCUGUUCGACAUCACAGAUGCAUCACGAGAAUCUGCUCGCUAUCAGAGUGAAACGACAGUCGAGAAUGACAGCGUUCUUGAGCCUGCAGCCGGCGAUUUGGCUAGCCCUGCCUUAUUGCAGGAACUGGAUGGACGCGACACUCCCNGCAACAUCUCUAGAUCACACACCCCUUCCAACGCGGCUAUGCUGAGGGAACUCCCUCGACUGUCUAGCGGUGUGAGCACUUUGUCAUCAAUAAGCCUAACUACCCCUCGAACCUCUGAUCUUCCGAUGAGUAGAUCUGUGAGUCCCUCUCCAUUUGCUUCAGCGGCUGGCCGCUCGCAAGCACCAGAUCAACCCGACUUUUCUGCCUUGGCAACCCAUAUGCGAGCUGCUUCGUCCAUGCUUUCACAGCUCGACCUGAGCAGUUCGAAACGACCAAAGGCCGAGGUCGCCGCCAUAAAGGCCAGAAUCAUUGCCAGCAUGCAGAGUCUGGAGGAACAGAGCUUCUAUACCGACGACGCUGCACACGCCACCAAUUUCGACGCCAUCAUGGCCAAUGCGAACAACAUUGGCUCGCAUGCAGAGCCGGCAGAUAUCGAGGACCCUGCAUUGGAGGCUGCCGACGCAGACCCCAACUUGAGUUCCAACGCAGGUGCCGCACGCAUGGAAAACGACAUCAAGACGGGAGGAGUGCAGCGCAAAGGCGACCGAGACGACCCUUCGGCGGCAACCUUUGGCGAAGCCUGGGAGAUGAAAAAGGAGCGUAUACGCCGCUCUUCACCUUACGGUUGGAUGAAGAACUGGGACUUGAUCUCCAUGAUUGUCAAGACUGGGGCUGAUCUGCGGCAAGAGGCGUUUGCAUGUCAACUCAUCGCCGUGUGCUCCAAGAUCUGGGCUGAAGCCGACUGCGACGUCUGGGUCAAGAACAUGCGUAUCCUAGUCACGGGCGAGUCUUCAGGCUUGAUCGAAACAAUCACCAACGGCGUAUCUCUGCACUCUCUCAAGCGCUCCCUGACACUAUCUUCCAUCGCCUCUGGCGCCAACCCACGCAAACGCAUCGCCACGCUGCACGAUCACUUUGUCACCACAUUCGGCAAACCAGACUCGAGCACCUACCUCUCCGCCGUCGACAACUUUGCAAAGAGUCUCGCUGCCUACUCUGUCAUAUCCUAUAUCCUGCAGCUCAAAGACCGUCACAACGGCAACAUCCUCAUCGACAACGUCGGCCACAUUGUGCACAUCGACUUUGGCUUCAUGCUCUCCAACACACCAGGCAGCAUGGGCUUCGAAGCCGCCCCCUUCAAACUAACCCAAGAAUACAUCGAUGUCCUCGGCGGUGUAGACUCUGCGCCUUUUGGAAAGUUCAAACAGCACAUGAAAACUGCUUUCCAGGCACUUCGCCGCGACGCCGAGCGCAUUGUGAUGCUCGUCGAACUCAUGGGCCGCGACUCCAAAAUGCCGUGUUAUUCUGGCGGCGUGGUGAAUGUCAUCGCUUCACUGCGUCAACGCUUUGUGUUGGAGAAAAGCGUGCCUGAAGCUGCCGCCUAUGUGGAUGAGUUGGUGGCANAAAGUGCAGGAUCCUACUAUACCAGACUUUAUGACACGUUUCAAUAUCGUACACAGGGGAUAUACUAG